GUAAAAAUUUUGCAAGAAUGUCAAAUGUGAUUUACUCCAAUCUGGUAACACUUCCCUAAAUCGACAAAGUUUUAAUAUCUGUCCUGCUAAAUUUCGCCGUUUUUUCGUCAUUUUGUGAUUCAAUUUUACACAAAAUGGAGGAAGUUGCUGCGGAUGCGUCACAACUAUUAAAAAAUAUAACUGAAGAGGAGAAAGAAAAAUUAAAAUCUAUCACUGUUGAGAAAGAUAUUGACCUCGAAUUCGACCUGGGAAAUCUUAUUGCAACGGACUCAAAUUUACUGGAUUCACAAGCUUUCAAGCAAAAUUCAGAAGACUACAUCAAGAAACUAACAAGAGACAACACACAAUUGCUAUUUAAUGAAAUAUGGAAAUUACCAGUUGAACGAGUACAAGAAGCCAUAGUUGCCAAGUUGCCUGAUUGUACAACAGUAUUACCAAGAGAAAAGAAGAUUCCAAAACCAAAACCUCUGACUAAAUGGCAACAGUAUGCACAGUUGAAGGGAAUUCAAAAUAGGAAAAGAGGUGCAAUGGUUUGGGAUGAAACCGCCAAAGAUUGGAAACCAAGAUUUGGUUACAAGAGAGCAAAUGAUGAAUCAAAGGAAUGGGUUCUCGAAGUUCCAAGUAACGCAGAUCCAUAUGAAGAUCAGUUUGAAAAGAGAUCAAAAGCAAAGAAAGAGAGGGUUGCAAAGAAUGAACUACAAAGAUUGCGUAAUAUUGCUAAGAGAACAGGAAGACCAAUGCCUGGUGCUGGAGCAGUCACAGGCAAAAAACAGUCUACCAAAGAGCUUGAAUCUCAAUUUCAUGUUGCUAAAAGAUCAACAGCUUCUUUGGGAAGAUUUGAAGAUAAAAUAAAAAAUGAGAAACCACAGCGGAAUAUGGGUAAAAAGAGAAAAUUCGAUCCAGUUGUGGGAAGUCUUGAAACAGAAAAAAGCAGACAACUCAAAAUUUUGAGUCAGUUAACAAGUAAUCAACCUAAGUUGAACAAAGAAAAAGCAGCAAAUAAGAUUAUUCAUGAAGAAAAUAAAAGUCGUGAGAGUGAUAAACCGAAGGGCCAAAGAAAAGGUGGCAAAAAUCAACGAGGGAAUAAGAAAUUCAAUAAAAGAACUGGCGGAAAACCUAAGACAGUAAAAACUUAAAAUGGAAAUGGCUGUAAUGAAGACUGGUGAAUUAUUCAACACAGCUUGGUAUCAAAAGUGGAUCAGAGCACCAUGGAGCUCUUGAUUUCUAGGGCCCUGUGGUGGUCAUUAUUUGUGGUAGAAUUCCAAAAAAGUGGUCGCACCUUGAGCAUGUAUUCUGCCCUCGUACAUUUGUACACAUUAUCUGUUAAAGAUGACUGCCAGCGGCUAAAUUUGAAUUAGUGCCUAUUAUUAGUGCUAUUAUUUUUGUUCAAGUUUGCUCAAAGUUAGGUUUCUGGCCCUAAAUAUAAAAUUAGGAAGAGUACUAAUGAUAGAACUGCUGAAGUACUAAAGCUAUGCAUAGGUUAUGUGUAGUUUUUGAACCAAUUUUUAUCUGCUAUUAUUUCUUUUACAAUUUUGCUCAAAGCUAGGUUUCAGGCAUUCAAUCGCUCUUGUCUCAGUAAAUAUAAGAGAUUGAUAUUCCAAAAUGAGCAAAUAAAUGAAUUCAUC